GCCUGGACUACUUCCUGACGCCUGCCUCUUCCCUCUGCUACCAGGAAAAAGCUCAGGAAGAGGCAAAAUGUUGAAGUCGGGGUUUAAGGGAGAGCGCCUUCGGGUCAAUCUGAGACUUGCUAUCAAUCGUCUGAAGUUGCUGGAAAAGAAAAAAACUGAAAUGGCACUGAAAGCUCGGAAGGAGAUUGCAGAUUAUUUAUCAAUGCGAAAGGAUGAGAGAGCACGGAUCCGGGUGGAACAUAUAAUCCGAGAGGAUUAUAUGGUAGAAGCUAUGGAAAUCCUGGAGCUGUAUUGUGACCUACUACUGGCAAGAUUUGGAUUAAUUCAAUCUAUGAGGGAGUUGGACCCAGGCCUGGCUGAAGCUGUGUCUACAGUGAUCUGGGCUGCCCCACGUCUGAUAGAAAUUGAUGAAUUACGCAUAGUGGCCAAUCAGCUCUGUCAUAAAUACAGCAAAGAAUAUGGAAACCUUUGCAUGUCAAACCAGAUUGGUACAGUCAGUCAAAGACUGAUGCAUAAAUUAAGCCCAGAAGCACCUCCAAAAAUCUUGGUGGAGAGAUAUCUGAUUGAGAUUGCCAAAAACUACAAUGUCCAGUAUGAGCCAGAUGCAAGAGUAAUGGCUCAAGCACCUUCUGGAUUUGAAGCUGAUGGAAGUCAUUCUGAUUUUACAAACAACAAUAAGAAAGGAGGACCUGGCGGCUGGGGAGGUGGAGGUGACAUCAGAAGCAAUGUCAGGGGUCCCUAUCCCCAGAUAACAGAGACGCUUCCUGAUGUUGGGAUCUAUGAGGAGUGCACUUUUAUACACCCACCUCCAAGGGGGAGACCACCUGCCCCAGGCUUCUCUUCAUCCUAUGAUUUGCUGAAACCACCUGGACCAGAUCCUCUGGUUUUUCCUGCACGGGAUAUUGGUGCUGACACCAAUCCAGGAACCCAGUGCAAUAUAAACAAUGCCCCUGGAAAGUAUGACAACCUACCAUUACCAAAGCUUCCCUCUGUACCGGUCAGCCCUGCUCGUCUGUCACCAACAAUUGACCCCUCUCCAUAUGAGGAUAUAGACUUUGAAGAUCUGUCAAAAAGACUAGAGGACCUUAAAAAGAAGACAUAAAAUCUGUGAUGAUAGACUUUUUUUUUAAGCUUCAUACUAAUAUGUGGCUUGGACUUUUUAUUGACCCUGCUCAUAGGCCUAAAGCAUUCUAUGUAUCACCAGAGGACCAUAAGUUGGAGUUAAUGGACUUUACUUCUAAUCAAUAAAAAGAAAAUAAUUAAUCUGCUAUAUGCUGCUUAAAGUACCCACCAUCAGAGGACCAACAGAGCCACAAUGAAUGCCUUUCUGGCAGCUACCAGUCUCAAUGCCCAGGCUAGAACCUAUUUUUUUUUCUUUUUUUUAACUGUAGUUUUUAUUAAAUGAGUUUUGCAAAUACAAUAAGGAUUAAAGAACAAUGAAAGCAAAAAAGUAUAGAAAUGCACCAAUCAUUCAAUCAUGUGACAAGUCGUAUGAAAAGUAAAGCACAUAAAAAAACUGUAACUAUAAACAAUUCCAGUGUAUGGCAUAGAUAAAGCUUCAGUACAGGUGGUGACACAAGAAGAUAAAGAAAGCUAUUGCAUUGGGCAGAAAAGUAAAACAAAAAAAAAAGACAUCAUAUUAAACUAUGCGUAAAACACUAAUACUUGAAAAUAUAUAGGAUAGCCAAACGAAGCAUGGAAAAGAGACGUCAGACAACACGAAAGACAG